AUGGCGGCGUCUUCGUGCGCAUCCUCCCCGCAUAUGUACUUGCGCAUUGUAGUGUACUGCGACGACUCACAAACACCGCACACUUUGCCGGAUGUGCGAGUACCGCGGCGCGUCAACGAGGUGUGGCGGUUUGUGGAGAGCCAAGUAGGACAGCGAGCAAAGGUUCUCUCCUACUGGAAUUACACCCACAAUCGCUACGAGCUCCUGCGCGAUGUGCGUGAUCUACUGCAGGCAGACGGCCGCCUACUUUCUCGGCGCCCCCGUACCGCCCCAAAUGGGGCCGCGACGGUGACACACGCGGAUGAGACGACGGCCCCAGGCAACGGAGACGCCUCCGUUGGUGGCCUUGACCGCGAAGAUGCCACGUUGUGCAUUUACUGCUGUCAACUAUGGAUGGAGACAGUGCUGAUUCAGCUGGAACCAGUGGAUAAGCGGCGCGACAGGGAAGAGUACGAUGAGCUGCGCAGUCACGUUGCCCGCUGGUUGGGCAACAAGCAUGUCGGCUUUGAAGUGAAGGAGGUGGUGCGCAUUCGUUGCCCUUUCCUAACUCGCAUGUUCGACGAGACCCGAAGCACACGACUGUCGAGCAAUCGGGAGAAGGUGCAGCUUCUCUACUACAGUAACAAUGCGUGGUCCGUGCGAGACGUGCUGCAGUACGGAUUUUUGCUCAGUAACGGCCUUCCAAAGUCGCUCGAGGCUGUGCCACGCGGCGCUGAGACGGGCUUGAGCACUCCUGCGCCGCCUGUCCCGGGUGCUGCUUCAGCAUCGUCCUCUUCGUUGUCACCGGCGCCGACACCGACCAACACGCUGCUUACGCCUUUUGUGUUUACCUCCUCGAUGCUUAGCACGCGUGUAAAGUAUAUGCCAGCCAAUCGCGUCCCUCACAAGGUGCUUCUGUGUGAAGUAGCGCCCGGCCGCCGCUUUAUGACUGACCAGGGCCUCACUGGCGAGAACCCAGACAAGCAGGCCUUCCCCAUUCCUGCUGUGAAGCCACCACCCGGCUACGACAGUGUUUGCUACAUUAGGGCCAAAAAGCAGAAGACCAGCCUGCGUACCGAGGAGGCUUCUGAAAUCGCCGCCGAGGACCUCUCUCUCGUGCAGGUGCAAGUGCAGCACAGCUACCAGGCACUGCCCCGCUACCUGCUGACGGUGGUCCCCUCUGCAGUAACUCCGUCGGUACAGCAGCACCGCGAAAGCGGAUGGUGUGCCACCGCAAGCCCGGUCCGGACUCCAGGGACGACAGCGCAAGCCGCGGCAGCGAGGGAGGAUGGGAGGAGGAUGAGCCCUGCUGGACAGGUGCGAUCACGACCGUCGUCCCCGUCCCCACCGUCCAAGCACUACAACAUGAAGGAGUGGUUCAAGUCCAGCCCGCGACGCAGGACCGUGUCGAUGGGUAGCGGCAUGUUGACUGGGUGGGAGACCUCUGCGGCUACCAGCUCUCCGCAGAGCGCCAGAGGCAUGUUAAGGGAAGUCCGCUACGCAGACAACAGUGUGCCCCGCCAACGAGCCGCCUCAGAUACCAUACCGGGCCGCGCUAGCGAAGCCAUGCGCAGCUGCAGUGACACCUCCGAGCAACGCCGUAUCGCGCGGAAAGGCGGCGUCGAGGACGACAUAGACAACGCCGUGCACCACGGAAGUGGGGGUCUGAUCGGAUCCAUAGAGCUAGACUCCGUGGGUAGGAGAAGCACAGGGACUGCAGGGUAUGGCGGCCGUGCGAGAAGGCUUCCGUGGACGUCAGGGUCGUGCUCAGCGGACAGCGGAGGCUUUUGCAGUGUUUCGCCCAAAUAUGAUGCCUCUUAUGGCAGUGUUCGUGCCGCUUCGGCACCCCGCGCGCCCCCGACGCAGGGUCCGUCAUUGCUGAACCCAUGCGCAGCCCAGCUCUCGCCGAGCACGAAUUCGGCGUGGGCGACUGGCGGCGUGGCGCCAUCUCCAUCGUUCAACACCGCCUACUACGUGCCCUCGUGUCGUGACGGGUUGCUCUACAAGGGCCUGCCCCAUGGCCGCAGCGCUAAGAGUCGCGACGCAACGCAGCCACUGAUACCUGCUGCUCGCGGGCACGGCGCCGAUAGGAGAGCCGGCAGCGUUGGCACGCCAUUGCCAGCCGCCCUCUACGGGGCCCCCUCGCGCCCUCCUCUUCUGCCACAGCACGAGGGCGCGUACGCUGGCAGUGCGAUGAACGGCAGGGACGUCGUUGACCUGAGGCAGGAGACGGUGCCAUCGGCUGCCCAGUCCGCCUUGCCGUCGUCCGCCUCGUCUACAGCCCCAUUUUCACAGCCGCAGGCGCCACCGGCGGCCUUCAAUCAGUUUAUCUGUGAGACCCAUCCCCACCAGUUGCAGUUACUCUACUGCACGGCAUGCGAGGAGCUCACGUGUCCGUACUGCGCCAGCGUUGGGGCGCAUCGCACUCACGUCGUGGUGGAGGCGAGGGAAAAGGCAGCAGCUGUGCGUGCCGAGGCGGAGGCGCUACAGGAGAAACUGCGCUACUGGUUGGUCCAGUACAGGAAGACGGAAGAGGGACUGAGGGCGGAGCAGGCCCGUUACGCCGCGCGACAGAGGCGAGACUUGCGCUUCGUACAGCGGCGCUUCUUGACGCUGAAGCAGGCACUUCACCAGGCCGAGUGUUCAAUAACGCAGACAGUCCAGGAGGCGCAGUGCAGGCCGCCGCUCGCCGAGGCUGCCGCCAUGGUCGCCAAGUACUCGCAAGCGCUCGCCCCUAUAGACGCAGCUUUGCGUCGCUACCACAGCUUAGUAGUUGCGAGCGGUGGCGGGUCCCUCACAGAGCGCACUCGCGGUUCCAUGAGCAGUGUGCCUGAGUUGCUGCACUUCCUUUGCACAACCCCGCCGCUGAUUCACCAAGUGCAAGACAGCUUUGCUCAGCACAAGGACGAGGAGAGGCGCCUGCACGACGCCAUUGUGGACUAUGAGACCCGGUCCCAGGCGAAUGAAGCGUUCUUUCAGCAUUUUGACUGGACGAGCCUGCGUCAGCUGCUGGUGAACCUUGGUAGCGUCCGCACCAACAUGGUUGACAUGGCGGAGCCGCAGAAGUCCGCUUCGGUGGGAUCAUUCUACAGUAGCUGGGCUGCACCACCGCAACUGGAUGAGGCCACCUCGCUCUGUGUUCCGGGCAAGACACAUAGUCAGCUAAGUACCGUCACGGGGCAAGCGCGCAGUCAAACAUCAAUGGUACUAUCUUCGCCGGUCCGUGACGCCAGCAGCGACGUAUCGCGUCGACUACUGGACAACCUACCUCUGGAUACUUACGUACAGAGCGAUCACAGUGCCGCUUCAUCGCCAUCGCUGCUACUCUGCAGUAAGUCGCCACCGACACGGCAGACUCGCUUCCUGCAGCGCUGUCUGACGGACUUCCGGCGAGGCUACAUUUGGGUCAUCCAUAGCGCCACAUCGUACUUCGCGCCUGGGCAGCGGAAGACAGUCUGUUCCACACCAUUCCGCCUGCUUGGUGUAUCCUGGGAGCUGCGCAUUGCCCCGCUCCCGCGAGCACGUCGCCAUGGCGGCAACGCGCCUUCCACGCUGGUGGCGGCGCCGGAGAUCUGCGAGAACAUGAUGACCACUGCGAUAUCUAGGCCAACAUCGCCCAACUUGCUGGAAGGAGGCGACAGCGAGUUCAGUGGUGGCCAGGCAUGUAGCUCGCCCCUUGUUUCACACUCCAUGCAGGGGGACCACUACACCUUCACGGCAGACGGCGUCAGCAGCACUCUCGUGGCGGUGGUGCCGCCGCCCGACGAGGAGGAGGAGUGGCUGGGCCUCUUUCUCUUUCCGCUGCAACAUCGUCUGCGCUUAAACUUCCGUGUUAUCGUCUUCUCCGAGGUGGCGUGGACGGAGUGGCAGGUGACGGGGUGGGUGGCGCAGUUUGCCGGGAGGGGAUGGGGUCUCUACCCCUUCCUGCACCGCAGAGAGCUGAUGCGAACCGACAAGCUGGCUCGUGAUAACACGGUGAAGAUUUGCAUAGCCCCCACCAGCGACCUGUAUUAG